UUCUUUCCAUUUCGUUCUCAUCGACCGAACUCGCCCAUGCCAUCACGUAUACCCUCUAUAUACGCAUCUUCUGCUCACGUGUAGUUAUCUUCAUGGCUGUGGAUGGCGAUACCUUACGUGAGAUCAUGCUUCAUGCCUAUGAUUUAGAUCUUAUCAAUGGCGACUAUGCCUUCAUCAACAUCAUUCCGUUUCGAGAUGAGCAGUUGUUUGGGGACGACUCAUGGGAGCGUGGUGAUAAUCGCGAUGAAGAGGCCAAGGUCGCCUAUCAAGCUUUGAUGACGAUCCGUGUCUUUGAACCUACAUCAGAAGCUUACCGAGAGUUUGAAGAAAAUGUCAGGGAAAGGCAAAAGAGAGAUUUCAACAUCACUGAUUCAGGUGCUGGUUCGAACAUCUUCUUGGCCUCUGCGUUCUAUGACGUCAUGAUCUUAUAUUCUCUGGCGAUUAAUGAAACGAUCGCAGAGGGAGGAGACGUAUAUGACGGGCAUGCUGUUACCAAGAAAAUGUGGAACAGAACAUUUGAUGGAUUAUACGGUAAGGUGAAAAUCAACGAGAAUGGUGACCGUGAUUCAGAGUAUUCUCUUUGGGACAUGACAGAUACUGAGAACGGUACAUUUGAGGUGGUUGGUAAUUUUUACCUGACAUCGUCUGGUUUGAAGUACACGCCUGUCCCUGGUAAACCAAUCAAGUGGCCUGGAGGAGCCACUAGUCCUCCUCGUGAUACUCCAUUCUGUGGAUUCAAUAAUGAAAACCCAGAAUGCCAACCAGACGGGAGGCUUUCGACUCUUGCCAUUUCUGGAAUAGCUGCAGCAUCAGUACUAUUACUAUCAUUUCUUAUCCUAGUCCUCGUGUACAGGAAAAUACGUCUAGAUGCUGAACUUCUCCGUAUGUCUUGGAAGCUGUCUUGGGAUGAACUCGUGUUUCCUGAAGAAACCAAGUCUGGCCAAUCAAAGUUUUCUGGUUCUUUCGUGACGUCAAUCGGCCAUGGAACAUCACACCACAGACAGAUGUUCGCCACUGUGGCUAACUACAAGGGUCGACUGGUAGUGAUCAGAAGGAUUGAGAAAACUAAACUAGAUUUAACUCGCGAGGUAUUGAAGGAACUAAACUAUAUGCGUCAAGUGGAACACAACAACCUUGUUCGUUUCGUCGGCGCAUGCGUAGAUGCUCCCAACAUAUCUAUCAUUUCUGAGUACUGUCCUAAAGGAAGUCUUCAGGACAUAGUUGAAAAUGAUGCUUUAAAACUAGACAACAUGUUCAAGAAUUCUCUCAUCACUGACGUUAUGAGGGGACUGCACUACCUUCACAGCAGUGUGAUCAUGUUGCAUAGUAGACUGUCAUCUUCAAACUGCGUGGUCGACAGCCGAUUCGUUCUCAAACUCACUGACUACGGGCUGACCAAGUUCAGAGACACCGAUAGCAAUGAAAGACAAACCUCAAAGAACGAACAGAAAAUGCUCUGGCAAGCCCCGGAGACACUGCGAUCAGCCAAUCAACAGCCAACUCAGAAGGGCGACAUCUACAGUGUGGGUAUCAUCAUGCAAGAAAUCGUCACAAGAGCACGCCCUUUCGAAGAAGAAAGAAGCUCCAUGGAGAUCGAUGAAAUCGUGAAGAAGUUGACAGAGACGAGUUCACCACCUUUCCGCCCGGAGAUAGACCCUCAACUAUGCACCGAUGAGAUAAGGUCCAUCAUACAAGCAUGCUGGGAAGAAAUGCCAGAGAAUAGACCAGCUACUACAGAUUUACUCUCAAGCAUGAAGAAAAUCAACAAGAAUUUAUCUGGUGGCAACAUCCUUGAUAACUUGUUGAGUCGCAUGGAACAGUACGCCACCAACUUGGAGACACUGGUGGAGGAGAGAACGGCAGCGUUCUUAGAGGAGAAGAAGAGAUCAGAGACACUGCUCUAUGAAGUGCUGCCUAGAUCUGUAGCUGAGCAGCUCAAGCAAGGAUCGUCGGUCAGUCCUAAAUCCUAUGAAAGUGUGACUAUCUACUUCAGCGACAUCGUAGGCUUUACAUCUAUCUCUGCUGAUAGCACACCACUACAGGUGGUGACUUUGCUGAAUGACCUCUACACAUGUUUCGAUGGCACAAUUGGAAACUUUGACGUCUAUAAGGUGGAGACGAUCGGUGAUGCAUACAUGGUUGUGUCUGGUCUACCGAUCAGGAACGGGAUUCAUCAUGUCAAGGAGAUUGCUUCCAUGGCACUGUCUCUUGUCAGGGAAGCAUACAAAUUCAGAAUCAGACAUAAACCUGAAGAGAAACUCCUCCUCAGGGUCGGAGUUCACUCAGGUGCUUGCGUGGCAGGUGUGGUUGGUCUGAGAAUGCCAAGGUAUUGUCUGUUCGGAGAUACGGUGAAUACAGCAUCGCGGAUGGAGUCUACUGGACAAGCAAUGAAAGUUCACAUCAGUGAGUCAACGAAGAAAUUGCUCGAUACCUUUAAGAACUUUGAGACAGAACCCCGUGGUGAGGUAGUCUUGAAGGGUAAAGGCUCUCAACAAACUUAUUGGUUAACUGCGGAAGCAUCGACAAGCGUCAUAGCUUGCCCCGUUACUGAAGUUGAGGUCUGAGCAGUAUGAUCGAAGCUCCUUCCCAUGGAUCUUCAUUUCAUAACAUUUUAUCAACUCGAUAGAUUAUUCAUAAUUUUUGUUUAGGUUACCGAACCCACGGACCAGCUAAAUCAAGGUGUAGGGCAAUGCGCCCCCCCCCCCCUCCUUUCAUUCCGCGACGCUUUAUCAUCAUAUUAUAAGUCAUUAAUAAAUAGUCCGCGUUUGAUCGAUUCGCGUCGCAGCACUAAUAUCAUUUGGAGAGACAUUAAUAUACAUUCGUUGCUCUCCACCCAGGUGUAGUCAAUAGGCAAUUUUAACGCCUAAGUACAGCUGGGCUAAAGCCAAGAUAAUAAAAGUAAUUUUAUAGGGCCCUUUUAGCAUCCUCAGGAUGGAUAUGUCUGUGUGCAAUAAAAAUUUAGCCAUUAUCAUUAGUGCUAUUGUUUAAAAGCUUUGAAAACUGUUGCUAUCAUGAUGUAAUCUUGAAUAUUGUCUUUCUUGCCGCAUACGGUAUAAUACAAUAACGAAGCGAGCUAAACCUUGGGACUUUUGUUCAACGUAGCAGUCACCGAUUUUUUUAUUUUUAUGAUAAUGUAUCACUAUUUACCUAUCAUAAACACAAUUGAAAAGACUACAGGGUGUGUAUAUUGAGGUUAAAAAUACAAUUUCCUUUCAUACAUCGCGUGUGCGUAAUGCUUUUUGAAUGCUGCAAAAUAAAUAUGUUCUUGGGAUUUUGGUUCGGUAAUAUCUUGAUCAUUGUAACAGUACAUAAAUGAACACUUAUGUCCAUUUUUUAUUUAUUUGCAUAAAAUGUAAAUGUAUUGAAUUGUGAAUAUGUAUAUAUUUAUCUGGGUUUUGUAUAUACAUGUGUAAAAAUGUAUGAAUUUAACGGACCAAGAAUCUAAUCUUAUCAUCAAGAUGAAUAACUUUGAAUCAGAAUUAGACCUCAUAAGUUCAAGGAGGUAGUAUCUAUUUUUAUAUGUUAGAUUGCCUUAGACUCAGAUUGGAAUAUGUUAAUUGUGACAUUUCUGUUCAAUCUACACAUGUCUUGAUUAUUAGACGAUUUUUAAUGUAUUUUAUUGUAUUAUUCAUUAUUCUAGCGAUUUUGUUGGGGUAUUUAGUAUACGUUGGCACUUUGAUUAGCAUACACUUAACGCAAAGCAAAUAGAUUAGACUUUUCUAAAUGAUUCGUAAAACCUAGGUCAUAGUAGAGGUACGGCCUGUCGCCGACUCCCGACUACCACUCGUGGGUAAUUAGUUGUCAGAGGUCGUAGAAAGGUGUUUGGCAGUCUUUGAAAGGUUGUCAGUGGUCGGCGAUUGAUAUCCAGAGCAUUUUGGUCAGCUGGAGGUUUACGCUACUGCAUCGAAAACCUUUGCUGGUCGUGGAUAGAGUUUUCUUGUUUUUUCCAAAGUGUAGGCGACAAUUCUCGGCCAGG